GCAGUUUUGGUCGGUGGCAGAGGAAGGAAAGAGAUGCAUUUAAAGGGACCCGAGGCCCAGAAUAAGGUAGACAUUUAAAGGGACAGGUGACCUGAAGCGAAGAGACAUUUAAAGGUGCAGAUACCCAAGACAGCAAAUUUUAGACCUGCUCGGAAGAUGGAAAUAUCCAAAGUGGUUCCCUCGACCCCGGACUGUAUGGCUUCCAGUAUCCUGUAGACCUGGCGGCCUCUCAGUGCUUACGGCCCCUCUCUGGGGUUCUGAGCGGCCACUGGAGAGCCCUGCAAAAGAGCAGAGAGGGCAGGACCAUGGCAUCCCGGACCUCUGAACUUCCCCCGGGACGCAACGUGACGGCGGGCAUCAUCAUUAUUGGCGAUGAGAUCCUUAAGGGACACACUCAAGACACCAACACUUACUUUCUUUGCCGGACACUGCGCUCCCUGGGGGUCCAGGUUUGCCGAGUCUCUGUUGUGCCCGAUGAGGUGGCCACCAUUGCCGCUGAGGUCACCUCAUUCUCCAGCCGCUUCACGCACGUCCUCACUGCGGGGGGCAUCGGCCCCACACACGACGACAUGACCUUUGAGGCUGUGGCACAGGCCUUUGGGGAGGAGCUCAAGCCACACCCUGAACUCCAAGCAGCCAUCAAGACCCUAGGAGGGGAGGGCUGGGAGAAGCUGUCGCUGGUGCCCUCCUCUGCCCGGCUGCAUUACGGCACAGAUCCUCGAACUGGCCAUCCCUUCAGAUUCCCGCUGGUCUCUGUCCGAAAUGUCUACCUCUUCCCAGGAAUUCCGGAGCUGCUGCGGCGAGCGCUGGAGGGGCUGAAAGGGCUAUUCCAAAACCCAGCUGUGCAAUUCCACCUGAAGGAGCUGUACGUGGCUGCCACGGAGGGCACCAUCGCCCCCAUCCUAACUGAGGCCCAAGCCCACUUUGGGCGUAGGCUUAGCCUGGGUUCCUACCCUGACUGGGGUAGCAACUACUACCAGGUGAAGCUGAUUCUAGACUCUGAGGAAAAAGAGCCCCUGGAAGAAUGUCUGGCCUAUCUGACUGCACGCCUACCCCAGGGGUCGCUGGUCCCCUACCUGCCCGAUGCUGUGGAGAAGGCCGGUGAGGCUGUAUACGAACUCGCUCAGUCAGGGUCUUGUCUUGGGAAAAAGGUGGCAAGUGCCCUACAAACCAUUGAGGCCGCCCUGGCUCAGUACGACCUCUCCCAGCUCUGCGUGGGCUUCAAUGGGGGCAAGGACUGCACCGCCCUCCUCCACCUCUUCCACGCAGCAGUGCAGAGGAAAUUUCCUGACGUUGCAAAACCUCUCCAGAUCCUGUAUAUUCGUAGCAUCUCGCCCUUCCCUGAGUUGGAACAGUUUCUCCAGGACACCAUCAAGAGGUAUCACCUGCAGGUGUUGGAAGCUGAGGGUAACAUGCAGCAGGCCCUGGGUGAGCUUCAGGAAAAACACCCCCAGCUGGAGGCCGUGCUGAUGGGCACACGACGCACUGACCCCUAUUCUUGUAGCCUCAGCCACUUCAGUCCCACCGACCCUGGCUGGCCUUCCUUCAUGCGCGUCAACCCGCUGCUGGACUGGACCUACAGAAACAUCUGGGAUUUUCUGCGUCAGCUGUUUGUCCCAUACUGUAUCCUGUAUGACCGAGGGUACACGUCGCUGGGGAGUCGGGAGAACACGGUGCAGAAUCCAGCCCUGAAGUCUCUGAGCCCAGGAGGACGCCCCAUAUACCGUCCGGCAUACCUGCUGGAGAAUGAAGAUGAGGAAAGGAACUCCCGCUCGUGACCUCACACGAGCUGGGGACAAGACGGAGGGAAGGGGGACUGGCUUGGAGUAUAACCUGUCAUGUCACCAGUAAAUUGUACCUCACACUCCACUGUCGGUGCC